GAUGCUUGUUCGUCACAGGAGACGUGCUAGUGAGGUCACAGAGACUCUGUCAGGGUAUAUAAAACCUCUCCGAGUCGCUUCAUGAAGCCAGCGAACUACAUCCCCGAGUGGAGGCAAACGCACAAACAAUAGAGUAAAAUGGUGAAGAUAACCUUACAGGCUGUUUCGGUGCAGAAGGCCGACAAAGACAACCAAGAAGACCACAUCGUUAUACCUCAAGCUCACGAGGAGCAGACUCUUCCAGUCAAGUCCAAGAAGGCUUUUCCAAAGCGACUGUGCUGCAUAACAUCUGGUGUGGUGGUCCUUAUUGUGUUAGGACUGGGGCUGAUCUCCAUAUAUGCCCACCUUGACUACUUCUUUCCUCAGCUUUCGGAGGAAAGACAAUUCUUCCACUGUCGGGUGGUCUUCGAGGACAUGGUGUAUGCACCCUUCAGGGGCCGACAAGAGCUGGAGGAGAACGUGGGCAUCUACUUGGACGAAAACUAUGAGAAGAUCAGCGUUCCCGUGCCAUACUUUGGAGCCUGUGACCCUGCUGACAUCAUCCACGACUUUGAGAGAGGCCUGACUGCUUAUUAUGACGUUAAACUGGACAGUUGCUACAUUACUGAACUGAACACCACCAUGGUGAUGCGCCCAAGGAAUCUUUGGGAGCUGCUCGUCAAUGUCCAGAGAGGGGCGUACCUCCCUCAGACGUACCUAGUCCAUGAGGAGAUGGUGGUGACUGGCCGGGUGAGGAGCAAGAGGCAGCUGGGCCCUUACAUCCACAAGCUGUGUCACAGCAAAGACACAUACCGCCUUCGCCGUCGCAGCCACCAUCAACGUGUAGAGCGGCGUGAGACAAAGGAGUGUGUAAGCAUUCGUCACUUUGAGAAUCCUUUUGUGGUGGAGACUAGGAUCUGCAAUGGAUUCUGAGUGGCCACGCUAGCACUGGAGCUACUUUCAAACCAUACCUCUUGAAUUAUUUCGACUUUUAACUGCACUUUACUACUUGUCUAACUAAUGUUUUAUUUGUUUUUAUUUCAAAUAGUCUUUUUUUUUUUUUACAGUUUCACAUGUUCAGAUAUUUGUGUAGCCUUUCUCCUUGUGGUGGUUUGAUUCGAGAACACACUGUCUACUUAUUUGAUUGGUUGUAGUCUUUUUCUGGAAUGUUAUAAAAUAGCAAAACAUACCUCAUGUAGUUUAGAUGUUCUAAUCACGAAUGAUGUACAUGACUUUUUAUCUUAAGCAAUAUAUGAUAUACAUAGAUUUUUCCUCUGCAUUGAAUAAUGUAACAUGUUGUUUUUAAUAGAUUGAUUUUUAUGUCACGCGUCAUUGUCAUGUAUAGUUUGUCUCAUUGCCCUAAUAUAAAUGACUUCAGACUGUAAGCAGAGGAGCUUUAGAGCAUCAGAAGCAACCAAAGUGUGCUUGGCUUGAUAUUGAGGAUAUAUAUUCUGGAACCUUUUCAUUGUUUAGUUCACUGUAAAUUAUAUAUUUGUUCAACAUACCAUUGUGGCAUAAUAUACACCUGUUACUUUAUCUCCAUAAAUUAUUUUUAACAUCACAUGCUCAUACAGUAUGUCACAUGUUUACUGUACAGUCAGUUCUUGUAAUAUAUUGCUGC